UCCCUCAGCGUCGUCGUCUUCCUCUCGCCUUCCAUCUUUCCUUUCUCCUCCGCCUAACCUCUCCCUCUCCGCUUCUUCUUCUUCUGGUCCACGGCGACCUCCGACUCGCCUCCACCAAACCACACCAACCUCCUUCCAUUCGCUUCUCCGCUUCAACAUCACCCCGCCAUUCGCGCCGCGAUCCAUUCUUGUUCCUGAUGCUUCUUCUUCUUCUUUGAUCCCGCCAGCUUCCGCCGAACUCCCCUCCUUCUUAUCCCCGCCACCCCGCCGGCCGGCCUCUCUCACACCCCGAAGCAGCAGGUUCUUGCCUUCUCGGAAGCACUGAUCUUGGCGGCGAAUCGAUGGCGUCGAUCCGGCGGCCGCACUCGCCGGCCAAGUCGCAGCACCUGCUGCGGCACCAGCACCCCUUCGCCGCCUCCUCCCCGCCCUCCUCGCCGCUCCGCCACAGCUCCUCCGCCUCCUCGCCCAGGCACCACCACCCCGGGACCAGGCACCCCUUCCUCUUCCUCCUCGCCCGCCGCCCGCUCCCGCGCUUCGCCGCCUUCUUCCUCCUCGGCUCCUUCCUCGGCCUGCUCCACUUCCUCUCCCACCUCCCGCUCCGCCCCCACCUCCCCGUCCCGCCCAACGCCGCCUCCCAGCUCAACCAGCUCCAGCAACAACAACAACUCCCCAUACCCCACCAGCCAGAACACCAAGAAUCCAACCCCGACGGCACCGACGAGCACGGCGGCGACAAGCUGCUCAUCGUCAUCACGCCGACGCGCGCGCGGGCGUCGCAGGCCUACUACCUCAGCCGGCUGGGCCAGACGCUGCGCCUGGCGCGCCCGCCGCUGCUCUGGGUCGUCGUCGAGGCCGGCAAGCCCACCGCCGAGGCCACCCUCGCACUGCGCCACACCGCCGUCAUGCACCGCUACGUCGGAUGCUGCGACAAGCUCAACGCCUCCGCCUCCGCCGCGGCCGUCGACUACCGCUCGCACCAGAUGAACGCGGGGCUGGAGGUGGUCGAGAACCACCGCCUCGACGGCGUCGUCUACUUCGCCGACGAGGAGGGCGUCUACUCCCUGCGCCUCUUCGACCGCCUCCGCCAGAUCAGGAGGUUUGGCACAUGGCCUGUUCCAGUGAUCUCUGACGGCGGUAGCAAUGUCGUGCUGGAAGGCCCCGUAUGUAAACAGAACCAAGUUGUGGGGUGGCACACGAGUGGGGAAGGAAACAAGCUCCAGAGAUUUCAUGUCGCCAUGUCGGGUUUUGCGUUCAACAGCACCAUGCUCUGGGAUUCCAAACUGAGGUCCCAUCUUGCCUGGAAUUCGAUCCGGCAUCCGGAGAUGGUUGAACAGGGUUUCCAAGGAACCACGUUUGUGGAGCAGCUAGUGGAGGACGAAAGCCAGAUGGAAGGCAUACCUGCUGACUGCUCUCAAAUAAUGAACUGGCAUGUGCCAUUUGGAUCUGAGAGUCUCGUCUAUCCUAAAGGAUGGCGAGUUGCGACGAAUCUGGAUGUGAUUAUUCCUCUAAAAUAGUAGUAUCAACAGCUCUGUUCAUCAAAGCACUAACUCACUUGACAGGCAUUUACAUAGCAGUUAAGCCUUGAAGAUUGGGCUUAACAAGCACAGAGGCGUCCCAGAUUGGCUACCUUUGGGAAGCAGCUCUUGACAAGACGGUGCUACACAUUUCAGUCCAUUUCUGGGAGAUAUUUUGUAGGAUGGAGAACUAGUUUGGCAGCUCUUGGCUCUUUGCCAUGUAAUUGUACAUGUCAUGAUUUGUAUUCAUUUGUUGAGUUGGAAAAUCCAAAAGGUGAUAUAUACAAAGUUCAGAGAUUGCGCAUA